GUGUGUUUCAGCACUGUGUAUACAAACACCCUUGUGUGUUAAUAUUGCUGUUUGUGCCAGACCCAACCUUCACUUCCACUGUGAAUACCACGAUACUCUGUGACUCUUCCGCCUCGCUCCUUCAACCUGAAUACUGCCCUUCCUUCACUUGAAGAGAAGAGAACUGAAGCGAGCUCUCGUCCCUAUAUCUUGUCCCAAUACCUCGUCCCUCCAGUCCUUCUUCCUCCACUACACUACCAUCACCCUUCUCAGCAGAACAAGUCCAACUUCCACCUCAACCUGACCAACCAUCACCGCGAGCCAGGAAGAUGGACCUCAGCACCCCAGCCCAGCUCUCCCACAACCUCUCUGCCUUCUCCCCGAUCAUCCCAGGCAUAAACAUCGAACGAGACGAGCAACCCAGCACCAACGAGCCAUUCCCCGACUACUUCACCUCGUGCGAACAAACCGACUCGCGAGCCGACACAGCCCAGGAGGAAGCCUACAAGUACGCCCUGUCGAAAGUGGUCGAGGCCGGGGCGCAGGCCCAGCGACUGGACGCGAUGCUCACGUCCAUGACGCUGUUCACCCCGGAAUGGACAUUCCCAGACCCGACCACAGCCUUCAGCAACACACGCCCAAGGAGCAGCACCAGCAACACACCCUCUACCAACAGCACAAGCAGCAGCAACAGACUCACCCCACCCCCCACCCCCAUCAGCGGGCCCCCAACCCCCCGACUAUCAACCUACCCAACCUGGCCCCUCCACCCCGACCUGGAGAACACCACCACAAACAAGCAAAACAUCCUCGAAGAGAUGCGCAUCCUAACCAACAGCCCGACGCUCAGCCUGCCCCUCCGCAACCGCUUCAUCACCAUGUGCAACACGAUCCUCAGCGCGCACACGCUGCUCUUCCGGCGCGUGCCCAUCCCCGGCCGCCACCACCCGCUGGACUCCCUGACGCAGCCGCAGGUGCACCGCGCCCUCCACCUGGCCCACACGCUGGUCACCGACCUCGCCGCCCUGCACCACCUGCUGCACGGGCAGUACGAGCACUGCCGCGGCGCGCAGCAGACGAUCGCGCACAUCGCCGCCGACACGACCAACAAGAACCCGUUCACGCGGUUCCGGGAGAUGGCGGGUAUUGUUAUCAACACCCUCCCCACCCCACACCCCACCGAACAACGCCUCCUCCUCAUCCUCCUCGACCUCUACGACGCCUACCUCUACACAGACUACCACCGCCUCCGCCAGUGGCCGCAGAUGCUGGCCGAGGGCCGCGACCCGGGCCGCCUGCGCCUGACCAACGCCUUCUUCCGCGCCUGGGAUCUGCUGACCCGCGCCCUCGAGUGCUACCAGGCCAUCGCCGCCGUCCACGCCGACCUGAUCAGAGAGUUCCUGCGGCCCGCGGGCGCGCUGCUGGGGCGCGACGUCGGCGGCCGCGUGCUCGUCGAUCUGCGGGUGCGGGCCGCCGUGGCGCGGUGUCGCGGGCGGGCUUAUCCGGGGGGGUGCACCCCGAUCGAAAACGCCGUUGAGAACCGUAGCGCCUAUGUGGAUCGAGAGAAGUGCAGGUUGACCCUCCCUCCGGGCAAGUAUGACAUAAACGAGUGA